GUAGUGUACUAGAGAACAUAAAUUCAAUGUUAAUCCCAAAAAUAUGAUUUCAUUCAUCAUAUAUUGUGCUACUAAGAUUCUUAUGAGCAAAAAUUCAAAAAGAAAAUCUGCAAUAAACUGUUUAGGCUGUAUAUAGCUAGAUUGACCUAUGUUGUUAGCAAAAAGUUUAGACUAAUGAGAUGAAGCAGUAUCGUAUCGAUAAGGGUACGGCCUCUCCCUUCAGGUAACGGUGCAACCCAGCUCUGUACCCCUUUAAUAUGGAAACUUAACUGAAUUUUGCACUAGUUGUCUGUGAUAAAAAUCAGUUACUGUUUUCUUGAGAUAAUACUAAAAAACGUGGCUUAGCAAACCCAUUGAAGUAAAAUGUGGAGAAACGAGGAACUGAAACUGUUUGGGCAAACUCUAUACUGUAAAAUUACAAAUUUACAUUGUGGAGUAAACAAAGCCAGAAGACAAACAAGUAUCAAAUCAAAGACACCCCCACACAUAACUCAAAGUCCACAAUCUUAGAGGAGAUGCACUAUAAUAAGAUAAGGGUUUGUGAAAAUUAAAUGAGAGAGAUAGAGAAUUUGAUAUACCUCCAAGGAAUCCAACACCAAAACCUACACCACAGCCAACACCAAGACCAAAUGCAGGGCCAAGCUUCCCUAACUCUUUGGUCUUGAAGACAGAUGGAGGGAAGUUCUAGUUUGGGACGGGCAGAUUGCCGAGCAAAAGGUGGUGCACCAAGGUUUAAAGUUGCUAUCUUGGGUGCUGCUGGAAGGAUAGGUCAACCUCUUGCAAUGUUGAUGAAGAUGAACCCAUUGGUAUCAGUUCUCCAUCUCUACGAUGUUGUUAAUGCUCCUGGUGUCACCGCCGAUGUUAGUCACAUGGACACUGGUGCUGUGGUACGAGGUUUUCUUGGGCAGCCACAACUUGAGAAUGCACUAACAGGGAUGGAUCUUGUAAUCAUUCCUGCUGGUGUUCCUAGGAAACCAGGAAUGGCAAGAGAUGAUUUGUUCAAGAUGAAUGCUGGAAUUGUUAAGACGCUAGCUGAAGGCAUUGCUAAGUGCUGUCCUCGUGCUAUUGUGAACUUGGUCUGCAAUCCACUGAAUUCGACUGUUCCUGUAGCAGUUGAGGUUUUCAAGAAGGCUGGCACCUUCGAUCCUAAGCGGCUUCUGGGAGUCACAACUCUUGAUGUUGUUAGGGCUAACACUUUUGUGGCAGAAGUUUUAGGGGUUGAUCCUAGGGAAGUUAGUGUUCCCGUCGUUGGGGGUCAUGCAGGAGUUACAAUCUUACCUCUUCUAUCACAGGUUAACCCUCCUUGUUCUUUCACUCCAGAAGAGGUUAACGCCCUUACUGAUCGCAUUCAAAAUGGGAGAACAGAAGUUGUUGAGGCAAAAGCAGGUGCUGGAUCCGCAACACUUUCAAUGGCAUAUGCUGCUGCCAAGUUUGCUGAUGCUUGCUUGAGGGGCAUGAGAGGAGAUGCUGGCGUUGUGGAAUGCUCUUUUGUUGCUUCUCAGGUGACGAAGCUACCUUUCUUUGCAACAAAGGUGCGGCUCGGUCGAACUGGAGUCGAGGAGAUCUUCCCCCUAGGCCCCCUGAGUGAGUAUGAAAGGAAUGAGUUGGAGAAGGCAAAGAAAGAAUUGGCAGAAAGCAUUCAGAAGGGGGUUUUUUUCAUUAGGAAUUAAUUGGAUGGUAUUUCAAAUAAUAUGUAUUCUGGCUGUUGUAAUAUUCUUCUCUAGGAAGCAUUUCGGGAUUUGGUGGUAAGGUUGAAUGAUAAAGUUGCUCCCAUUUCGGACUGUUGUAACCAUUUUUUUAUGGUAUACACACCGGGCAUGCGUAUCAAAACUUCGCUGUCGAACUAUAACUACACCAGUACGUGUGUUGGGUACAUGUACUGCGGUUCUGGACUUAUAACAGUUCUUCCAGUAUGUGAACUAGUAUCCAUAUUGUCAUGUAUCCAGAUUUACAGUAGUUCUAUAUCUCUCUAAUAAUCGAUCUGAAACAUUCCCGAAUAA